UAUCGUUAACACUUGUGCUGCAGUAGAGCAAGGCCAAAACCCAGUCUUAAGGUUUGGACAAGCGCGGACAAUCCAGGUGAAGAACCUCCGAGACAACUUUCAAAAUGGUGGCAGCUCCAGUCCCUUUGCUAUUGGCUACACUGUCGGUUGUGAUAGGCGUUUCAACAGCCAUAGAUUGCCUGCAGUGCCUGCAUAUCACUCAUCGCUCCUACCAUGGCCUGAUCCGGAGUUCCCUCGACAAUCUCAUCUCCCCAAGAUGCCCAUAUAACAAUGUGACCAUCGGUUCUAAUGAGCACAGUGCGCGUCUGGCCAAGUGUGAACGUCCCGGAGACAACGCCGAGUACAAGUGUGGCUUGAUUCGGGGUCGGGCGUCUGUCAAGGUCGACGGUCAGAGUGAACAAGAUCCGGCUAUUCCCAUAGAAAUAGCAGUGCGCAUGUGUAUUGAAGUACCGGAAGAUAACGAUGACGAGUAUUGCGAGGACGAUGGAGGAAAGCAGAGAGAAUAUCUGAGACAGGCCUUGACCUACUACCCUAACAGAAUCCCCAUCAAACCCAGAAACGUGAAAUCUUAUAAGGGAGAGACCUGCUUUUGUUCGGACAAUAACUGCAUUAGUGGUGCCGUAACCCAAAGUAUGGCCGGUGUCCUUAUGACGUCAUUAGGGCUGCUAUGGAGCGCGGUCAUUUUGUCCUGGUGAAAGCGGCACGAAUAUAGUCUCAUCACUCGACAAAAUUACCUGAUUCUAAGCACUCUCCACUUUCUAUAUAGCGUCUGCCUGGAAAUGCGUAAUGUAGGAUCGCCAAUUCUGUUAUCUGCUUUCAAUGUCGUUUCGUUUCAUUCGCGUUCAAAUUCUAAAAGUCCCGCGGCUUUGGCCAGUGAGAAUGAAGGACAGACCAUCUCGUGCGAGUCCCACUUGAAUUAACGCGACUUCCGAUCUGGUUUUUCUUGAAUAGCCACUUUUCUCCUAGAAUCUCAUGCUGACCAAAGUUGAUAUUACAAAAGCCUUAAAAGAAUGGAAAACCCAAACGUGAGUGAGCCUUCAGGAGAAAGAGCAUACACUACUGAAUCUAACCGCACAGUUAUUUGUUUUAGAUGGUUUUAAACUGAAUUAAAUGCAGUAAUUGUUUGGAUUAUAACGUGGGCUUUACAGACCAUUUUGACAACGCAUGGCUCCACUGACGUCACGUCGGUUUUUCUAUGGGCCUAAAACAGGUAGUUAAUACCAGGUACACACACAAAAACACAUGUGUUGAAACUUGUGUUCUUUCAUUCAACACAGAAGUGUGUUACCACAACACAAACAUGUGUUAGAUAAAUGUGAAGGACACGUGUUGUGUUGCAAAAUAGUAAAACACAAACAAGACCCAUAGUGUUUAAUUCAGCACAAGAUAGAGUUGUUCAAAUAUGACACAAUAACUUGGUUGAAAAGAAAACACGUUUGUGUUCAUACAAGACAAGUGUUUUUUGUAUGCACGUUACAUAGUAGAGUUCACAAAAAUUGUUUUCAGGCUUAAACACAAAACUGUAGACAAAGUUGUAUGUUCGUCAUAUAUUACUAUUAUGGUCCAUAAAAACAGCCUGAUAAUCUAAACAUUCCAAAGCAUUUCAUUCAGUGAAGAAAAAAAAAUCUAAAAACAUAACUAAACGUAUUUUUAAAUGUAGAGUUACAUUGAUUUUUACAUUACUUUUAUGGUUCUUUCCCAUAAAGAUAAAAUCCUCGCAUAGCAAACUGAAGGGCCAACAAGCAUGACGAUUACAUAACAAUUGGAAUCGGCCAGACCCGCUGUGUAGCCCAUUACAAAUCUACACCCAUGGUGUAAUACUGACAGUUUCUGAACGUUAGAUAAUGUCGUGCUUUUGUCAUGUAUUUACGGUUGUAACGCGGUAAGUGAACUAUUGCAUGAUUCCGUAGCAAUCUAAUUAAUGCCACCAUUCUUUUAUCUCCCACUUAUAUAGAUGGAUUAUAACGAUAUAAUUUCGUAACCUUUGUCAUGAAGUUACUUAAUAUGUAUUCGGUGAAACUAAUGAGGACUUUUUCAAUACUCAUAAUUGUUAUGGAGAUUAUAUCAAUGUGAAUACUUCUCUGUGCCCCUUUCUUAGUGUAUUUAGUUUUUAUUCACAAUUAAGAAAACCUUAUUUAAUCUAAAGUUUAUUUUAUACAAAGCUUUUUACUGUUAAUAUCCACUGUGUCUAUUCAAACGUAUUAGGGUAUAUGAUACUAUCUGAUGAUAUAUCGAAAAUUAUAUUUUAUGAUUAUAUCUGGCAUGUUCUUCAGUUUAGUCAGAAUCUCACGAUUAUAUGGGUGCAGCAAUGGCUGACAUCCCAAUGAGCAGGUCGGGAACUUGAAGCACCUGUACUCUCAAAGAACGAAUGUGUACCGUUUCGUGCACACGUCUUCAUGUAACCCGCGAUGUAAACAAGAUGUAUAUCACAGGCCCACAAUUUGUUACACAUAAAAAGUGUACCAUUGAUAUUUCUGUGCAAAUUAGUUACAAUUCCUGUGUGCCUGUGGUACACAUUUGCUUUUAGACAGUAUAAGACGGAGAUCUCAAGCUGCCAACACAUUUAUGAUUUGGGAACACAUUCAUGAUCUGAGAACGCCUUCAUGAUCUGAGAACAUAUUCAUGAUCUGAGAACACAUUCAUGAUCUGAGAACACAUUCAGGAAGACAACCAGUU